AUGAGCGCCCAAACGGAAAGGCCUCUGCCAACCGCUAAUGGGGUGACGCCGGAUCGACAGGUGGCCGAUGCCGGGACAUCCCAGUCAACGGCAGUUACAGGAAAUGUUUCCACGCUGGAGGAGCGAGCAGAUGGGCUUGUGGACACUACAAUGAUGGAGUCAACUGGACAGGCUGCGUAUACUCCGGAAGCGCCGCCAACGUACCACAGCCCUGUUUUAAGGGACGAAUCAGCGCAGCAGCAGGAGCGGCAAACACGACCGGCUACGACUGUAGCACUGGACGGAGACCAGGACAGUGGAAGAGUGGUGCAAGGCGCAGUGGCGAGUGGGUUCUGCUAUAUCUUCGCCCUCACCACCGGGGGGGCCAACCUUUCGCCUCAGAUCUCCAGCUCCCACGGGGCGGCCAGUGCCUCCGCCAACGCCACCGAGCUCGGAGAUUUCAGCGGUCACAACGACAAGGAGGUCCUGGAGCUCUAUGGGAUCCACUACCAAGGGUGCCGGUUCUUGAUGUUCAAGGCAGUUUUGGAGUAUUAG